GAGCGCCGUACGAAAUAUCCUCCGCCAGUCCGGAAACCGACAGUAGCUCCGCGGAGGAGAAUGCCGCGGCGAGUGCCGCAUCACUAGCGCUAGGUAGGGUCUACGCGGCCACAUCCUUGCCGGCACACAUCUGGUCAUUGAAUGGCAUCAAAUGUCCAGUGUGCAGCAAGUUUGUCAUGCCCGAUGACAUAGAGUGUCAUUUAGUAAUGUGCCUAACGAAACCUCGUUUGUCUUACAAUGAGGAUUGCUUAACGGAUGCCAAGGGUGAAUGUGUUAUAUGCUUAGAAGAUUUAUGUCCCGGUGAUAUCAUUGCUAGAUUACCAUGCUUAUGCAUCUAUCAUAAAGGAUGUAUCGACAAAUGGUUCGAGGUGAAUCGCAGCUGUCCGGAACAUCCGGGUGACUAGUGAAGCUAAUUCGGGACGCGUCACGUUCGGUUUCCUGUUUCCUGGUUUUUUGUACUAGUUAGUAACGGAGGACGGAGAGGUCGGCCGACAGAUGGGGAACGGGUCAUCCGAAGCCGGGACGUGGCAACGCUGGGCUCACGCACGGGACGACGGGAUGGGACGAGUCUACACUAGUGGUUUAGUAGUAAUAGUUGUAGUAGUAAUUAAACAAUUGAUACACACUGCAAGAGAGAUCGAGCAGCGGUGUGGAGUGAUGACGACGGUGAUGAUGGACGUCGCGAGGAAGGUGUGCGCGCGAGGGGGUUUCGAUUUGCUGGGCAAAUCGAGACCCUCGGGAAAGUGGAAUCGUCAGCUAGCAUCGGGGCCACCGGAGAGAUGAUUGUACCAGGACGGACGGACGAUUUCGCUUAUUUUAUAGUGUGAACGUUAUUUUUUACCUGAUUUAAAUAUACCGGAAGUACGCAAGCGAAGGCGCAACAGACACGCAAUAAAAUCUUAAUACCUGCUACAUGGAAGCCACCUAGGUGCAAAGGUGGCCACGAAAGGGACAACGUUUACUGGGCAAGCUUUUUUACUGCAAUAAAUCGAUAAGUAGGUGGAAACUAGAGACUAAGCUCACACGUUUUGGAUAACUGAUUUGUUUUUAUUUCUGCGUGUUAAGCAAACAUUAGAAUCUACCAAAAAUCAACCCGGAAAAUAAUACAAAAUGCGCACGAUCGAACUAAAAUAGCUAAAAUAUCAAAACGAACCUGUAGCGUCUAUUUAGGCAAAUUAUAUUUUUAACCAAUUCUAUCCGAGUAAAAUACUAUUUGAACGUGUCACAAAUCGAACUACAAAUGGUUUUAAUUUUCUAUUCUCCUACCGCGCUCUUGACUGUCGAUUGUUAGCUGACGUUAGUGUGAGAGCAUGAAAAAACGAAUCAUAUAUAUACUAUACAUAAUAAAAUGUGGAAGGAUGUUGUAGUGUUGCUCGCGAGACACAUCGCUUUGUAAAUAUUAAAAGUUAAGCAAAACGGAAACAAGAGACGACGUUAAAAAUAGAUCUAAACAAAAACAAAAAAAAAAUCUAACUGAUUAAAAUAGUGAUCCCAAAACAAAGAAAACAGAACAAAAAAAAUGACAGAUAUAUGAGUAACCGCAGAAAGAAGAGGAAGAGAUCAUAAAAAGCAGAUAUCUGUAAGUGAAAUUAUGUAGUGAUCUUAUUAUGAUUUACAAAAAUUUGAAACAGACUAAAAAAAAGGAAGAAAACUCGAUGAGAAAACAUACUGUUAACAAUCUACGGCUACAGUCUUAAACACACCACACUCACACACAAACCCACACAUACACACAGGCAUACACACAGAAACAGACAGGAAAACAAGUAACAAUAACUAAAGUUAAAACCAGUAAAAUAAAAUGGCAGCAGUAUGUUAUACAUGUGUACGAAGCAAAACAAUAAACAGAGCAAUUUUCUCAAUAAUUAAAAUUUA